ACAGGGGAGGGUCAGUGCAGCCAGCCGGUAGUAGCUGAAGGAAUCUGUCUUUACACCGGGCUGCGAGUUACUCAGUGUUGGGAAACACCAGGGAAACACUCGUGGACUAUUACGUAUCCGGCCUUCAUAACAGUGGGGACAAGGACUUUUACUGGCAUUGAAAACGGAAACUAUCAUGAUGGCAGUCUUUGGCAGCGCAGGUCGUUUAAUACAAUUUGCCAGGAGCAGCGUCAGUCUGAGUGUCAGGAGACGCUCCACUGCUGCUGCUUUGGCCCAGACUCCAGACACACAGGACAACAGGAAACCUAAGACGGGCAUCUUGAUGCUGAACAUGGGAGGACCGGAGAAACUGUCAGACGUUCAUGACUUCCUGCGGCGGCUCUUCAUGGACACAGACCUGAUUCAGCUGCCUGUACAGAAACAGCUCGGCCCGCUCAUCGCUAGGCGACGGACUCCAAAGAUCCAGGAGCAGUACAGUAAGAUCGGGGGGGGCUCGCCCAUCAAACACUGGACCUCCAUGCAGGGGGAGGGCAUGGUGAAGCUGCUGGACGAGAUGAGCCCUGACACGGCCCCUCACAAGUUCUACAUCGGUUUCCGGUACGUUCACCCGCUGACGGAGGAAGCCAUCGAGGAGAUGGAGAAGGACGGAGUGGAGAGAGCGGUGGCCUUCACGCAGUAUCCUCAGUACAGCUGCUCCACCACAGGUAGGCUCACACUGCGGAGAAACAGAUGUAACGUAAAGCCUCCCGACAACAGCUGCUCCUCCGUGAGCUGUAGAGAACGCCUUUCCAAAGAUCACGUGAGCUCAAUCGAUGCAGAAAAGAUCACAUUUGUUGAGACUUUUUUUACAUCUGGUGUCAUUUUGUGCGGCCAUCCUCCUGCCACCACCAUGCGUCCUCGCAGGAAAGCAGAAGCAAAGUCAGCUCUCUUCGUCUUCAUCGCCACCGUCUCCUCCGACUUCAACCAGCAGCCUGCGGAGGAACACACACCACAGCUGAAACAACCAGGAGUGUGUGAGCUGGUGGGGCCCAUGCAGUGGCUUGGCCCCCAGACGGACGAUGUGAUUAAAGGCCUGUGUGAGCGAGGGAAGAAGAACAUCCUGCUGGUGCCCAUCGCCUUCACCUCGGACCACAUCGAGACCCUGCACGAGCUGGACAUCGAGUAUGGACAGGUGCUGGGGCAGGAGAAUUUCUUUUGUUCUACAUUUCUGAACCCUUGUUCUUUGUGUGUGUAGUGUUUUGCAGAACACGUCAAAAAUGAGCUGCUGAAGUUUCCAGAGGACAAGAGAGACGACGUCGUCAUUCUGUUCUCCGCACACUCGCUUCCUAUGGCCGUGGUAAACCGAGGCGACCCGUACCCUCAGGAGGUGGGGGCCACAGUUCAGAGAGUCAUGGAGAGACUGGGGCACUGUAACCCUUACAGACUGGUGUGGCAGUCCAGGGUGAGUACACGUUCAAAUGACCCUCAACAGUCUUCCAGUAACAGGGAGUAUUAAGGAUAAGCAAUCAAGAAGCAGUACGACUUGAAACCCUCCCCUUCUCAUUCUCCUCUUUUGUUUAUAUGCACCUUAUACCAUUUGAAUGAACUGUAGACAUUAACAGAAGGAUGUGUAGUCACAGAGGUGUACAGUAACAUAGUGUGGGGCAAUCCAGCACAUUUUAUAACAGAUAAACA